AUGAAGUUUACCCUCUUCAUCCUCGCGACGCUCCUGAGCGUCACCUUCCUCGGCACGUCAGCCAAAUACGUCAAAUUCAUCAACCACUGCCCGUACAACGUCUACUUCUGGGCCGUCGGCCCCCCAGCCUCGCACAUCGAUGGCGGCGACUCCUUCCGCAGCAUGGUACCCGGCAACGGCGGCUCCGUCAUUCAUCCCAUGGUCGACACGGAGAGAUUCGGCGGCGGUCUCUCGUUGAAGAUCAGGGAUCUGGAUUACUAUACUCCUGGGCCUGCAGGCAUCAUUCAGGUCGAGUAUAAUCUUGAGGAAUCCAAGGGAAAGAUGUGGUAUGACCUUAGUGCUGUGGAUUGUGAUUUGCACGCUGGGCCAGCAAACCCGAAGUAUUGUCUACCCAACAAGAAAGCCUGCCCAACUGCGUACUGCAAUGAAGAGAAGUGUGUGAACACUUAUCUUAGCCCAGGCGGGUUCGCGAAUGAGCCAAGCCUCAUGUGCUGGGCUGGUGCUGAUAUCUUUGUCGAGACUUGUACCGACGGCCCAGGCGUCCAGACAUUCUUUGGCAAGAAGCCACAGACUGGUGAUACCGUUCACCAAGCCAUUCCCGCACCGGUUAUCCAGCCUCCUGUCGUCCAGCCUCCUGUCGUCCAGCCUCCUGUCAUCGCUCCCAAUGGCAUGAUCAUCUCUCCAAAUGGUCAAUGCGGCGGCACAACUGGCUUCACCUGCAACGGCUCUCCGAAAGGCCCCUGCUGCAGCCCCUACGGCUACUGUGGCGACACAGCCGCUCACUGCAACCCUGGAUGUCUCCCUUCCUUCGGCUACUGCCAUGAUAUAUGGAAUCUGCCUCCGAUUGGCCGCCGUGCUGCGGCCCCUGAGCCUUUCACCUAUGGUCCGGCUCAUGAGUCGUCUAUCAUCACCUCCCAGCUUUCCACCGUCGCCCCCGAGCCUUCCAUUGUUACCAAGGUUGCAAACGUCUUCACUUCGACCACCACCGCGACCGAGACCGAAGUCGAUUGUGACACGGUCAAGCAUACCGUUACGAAGGUUGUGAAGGCCACGAGGAAGCCCGGUUCGCAGUUUACGCCUCCGCCGCUGAGGAGAAGGUUUGCGGCCAUGUAG